AAUAUUCUGAAUUUUCGUAAAAUUUCAUAUUUUUUGCUUCAAAAUUCGGAAAUGAUUUUAGAAAUGAAGUGCCAGGGCCCCCUACUUUUGAAGCGAGCAUUGAACCUUUUUUUUCAUGGAUCGCAAAUGCCUAAUAAAUACAAAACCUUGAUUAAUUGUACACAAAAGGGAUCCUUGUUGUUGUUAGUUCUUUUGCAAGUUGGUCAAGACAUAACCUCUUUCUGCACUUGAACACCAGUUUGAAAUAAUAUUGUCAAUCAAUUCUGCCCAAUACUUCAAUUAUCUUGCUGUCCUGAACAUUUUUCUAAAAGAUGUUGACUGAUGGGCAAGUGUGGCUUUCCAUUUAAAACAUUUCGGUGAUUGAAAUUUAGUAUGAAGUAAAUUCCAAGGAUUACAGUCAAACUUUGAUUUCAUUUGAAUCAUAAACAUAACCAUCCAUAUCACAAAUUUACUGGACAAAUCUUCUAAAUAAGAAUGAGGAAGUGAUCUCAAAAUAUUUCAUUACUAUCCAUGGAUUUGCAAUGUUUUCCAUAAUACGUUAUAGCUGUUAUAUAUUAGAAGCUCGAAAUAGCAGCGUUUUCUCUGCUAGACACAUGAGAAGAACCAGAGAAAUACACAGAGAUACAUCCUUUCAGACCUUGUCUUUUUCUAGAAAACGACAACAAUGGUUAGCAUUCCAACUUCUCCAGUUGAUAUCCUUAGAUGGACCAUUCUGGGAAUUGUAUCCUUGUUUACUCUUUUAGGAAAUGGAUUCAUCAUAGUUGUACUGGGAUAUCAAGGGCUUCAAAAGAAAAAUAUAUUGCCUCAUGAUAUCCUCUUGAUAGGUUUGAGCGCCUCCAGGAUAAUGUUGCAGUUGCUGAGUUCAGCAAACUAUAUUUUGUGUUUCAUCUCAGAGACCUACAGGGAUACUUACAAACAGGAUGUUGUACUUCUUUCCUGGAACGUUUUCAACAUGACUAACUUGUGGUCUUCAACCUGGCUAAGUGUUUUAUACUGUGUGAAGGUCACUAACUUUGCCAAUUGCCUCUUCCUCUGGCUGAAGCCAAGGAUCAACAUGCUUGUACUCAGGCUGCUUGGGAUGUCAAUAGUGAUUUCCAUUAUCUUCUCUGUUCCUUCGGUCAUUAAAUACCUUCAACAGAAAAAGUGGGACAAUCUGACUAGAAACUUGUCAGUGAGUGCCAUCCAAUGUAUGGAUUAUAAGAACAGAUUCAUAAUUUUUCUGGAUAUGCAGCUCUUUUAUGUUUCCAUAACUUUCUGCAUAAGUUUAAUUGCCUCCACUCUUUUGCUUGUCUCACUGUGGAAGCACAUUAGGAAUCUGAAGAAGAGUGGCCUAGGUGGCAAAGAUCUCAGCACUCAGGUCCAUAUAAAUGUCAUUACACUGUUGCUGUCUUAUAUCUUCUUCUAUCUUUUAUAUUUCACUGGUUUCAUAAUUUUGGGAACUAAUGUUUUCAACUAUGAAAGUCUUGAAAGAUAUGUGUAUGUUUUUGAGCCCUCAAGAAUACAUUUCCAGAAUGGAGAUACUGCCAACCACCCAAAAGGAAUGCCAGCAAUGCCUGGAACAGACUGA